AUGGAUCUCCCGGACAGAGCUCAAGUACUCCUUAAAUGUGACAUUUGUAAAGAAGAUUCCACACAGAGUCAUUGUGAACUUUGUCAUAUUAACCUAUAUUUCAACAACGAAAAAGAAAACUUAGAAGAACAUUAUAAGGAACUGCACUCAACUGUCAUCAAACAAGAAGAAGACUGGCAUAGAAAAAUUAACAUCAUUGUCAACAAACGGAAAUCUGAAAUUGAUGAAAUGAAAACUAAACACAUGACUGUUCUAAAUGAACAGGAAAACAAAAUAAAACAGAUCACUUCAGAUGUUAAGCAGUGCAUAAUGGAACUGAAAAAAAUACUAAACUCAAAUGAUAUUCCCAUGAUAUCCACAUACGAAUCUAGGAAUGAUGAAUUUAGAAGAUUACCUCCUAAAGUCAAUGUUUCAUUACCAAGUCUUUCUCUUCAUCAGAUCAACACAGAACAGCUCUAUCAAAUGUUUGGUUCUCUGUCAGAAUUAUCCAUUACAAAAGGUGAACAUUGCUGUACAAUUGAUGCUACUCAAGAAGCUGAAGUUUGUCCGUCUGUCAAACAACUUCUGGAUAAACAAGAACUCAUCACCACCAUAGAUACUGGGUAUAAGGAAUCGUUUAAUGUAAUCUGUCUUAAUGAUGAAGAAAUCUGGACCAGUGGGAAAGACAAAAUCAUGAAACUCUACAACCUCCAGGGCAAUCUACUGAAGUCAAUCCAAACCAAGUCUGGAAACGAUCCGUGUAACAUAGCAGUGACAAGGAGUGGGUAUCUCAUUUAUACUGACUUUAAAACAAAAUCCAUUUUCAAAGUAAGGAAUCAUCAGAUUGUGGAAGAAAUUCGAUUGCAGAACUGGAUACCUUGCUCUGUCUGUUCUUCUUUCACCGGUCACGUAAUAGUUAUCAUGGACAGUAAAGAUAAACAAUCAAAAGUUGUCCGUUAUUCUGACUUCACGGAGAAACAAACCAUUCAGCUUGAUGAUAAAAAUGAGCCUUUGUUUUUAUCAGGUACCCCCAAAUACAUCACUGUAAAUAAAAACAUGGAUAUCUGUGUGGCUGACUCUGGUGCCUACGCAGUUGUGGUUGUUAAUAAAGUUGGUAAACUCCGAUUUAGAUACACUGCUUGUAACCAAGCCUCCAAUACCAGGAAAUAUUUAUAUUCACGUGGAAUCAUCACAGACAGCCAGAAUAAUAUUCUGAUUGCAGACAGUUUCAACGACAAUAUUCAUAUCCUGAAUCAAGACGGACAGUUCCUUCAUUACAUUAAAAACUGUGAUCUAAAGUAUCCAUGGGGUUUAUGUGUGGAUGCCAGAGACAACCUCUUUGUGGCUGAGUGGCAAAAGUCCAAUAAAUGUUUGACCCAAACCCCAGCAAUGGACCCCGAUUACAGUGCCCAAGACAUUCCCGUCUUUGACCUGUGUCAAACCGCUGAAUUACAGAGUCAUUGUGAACUUUGUCAGAUUAUUCUGUGUAAGGCCUGUGUAGGAGAAAAUUUGGAAUAUCAUUAUGAUAAACUGACAACGGCUGUCACUAAACAUGGAGAAGAUUGGAACAAAGAAAUUAACAUCAUUGUUAGCAAACGAAAAUCGGAAAUUGAUGAGAUGAAAACUAAACACCUGCAUGCUCUAAACAAACAGGAAAAUGAAAUCAAACAGAUUACCACUGAUGUUAAACAGUGCAUCCUGGAUCUGAGGAAAAUACUUGACUACAAUGAUGUCUCCCAAACCUUGGCAUACCAAUCUAGGAAUGCUGAAUUCAAAAGUUUACCUCCAAAAAUCACUAUAUCAUUUCCAAGUUUCUCUCCUCAUCAGAUCAUUACAGAACAGCUCCAUAAAAUGUUUGGUUCUCUGUCAGCAUUAUCCGUUAAAACAGACAAACAUGGCUACACAAUGAAGACACCAGAAGCUGUACCCUGUCCCCAAGCCAAACCACUGCUAGAUGAACCAGAGUUCCUCACGACCAUAGACACUGAAUAUAGACAAUGCAGUGUAACCUCUUUCAGUGAUGAAGAAAUCUGGACCUGUGGAGGAGAUAAAAUCAUGAAACUCCAAAACCUCCAGGGUAAACUUCUUCAGUCAGUCCGAACCAGCUCAGGGGACUGGCCACGUGACAUAGCAGUGACAUGGAUUGGAGAUCUAGUUUUUACCGAAAUCGAUACAAGAAUUGUAAACAUAGUGAAGAAUUACCAGAUGACCAGAUUCAGGAAGUGA